CGGUGAAGUUCAGUAAAAAUAUUGGUUUUCCAGAUCAACUUAAAAACCAACAGUCCAUCCAACGUGCGUAGUACAAGAUAGAGAGAGCUAAAUUACCUUCUUCGCGAUGAUUUUGUGGUUUUGAUGUUGCGAAAGACCACUUAAAUAUGAUAACACUUAAUAUUUGUGCAACCCGACGAACACUUAACAAACCCACAACAAUUGGUUAUGAAACGUCCGCCUCAAGGUUGUCCAAGGGAAACGGCGGGCGACUUCGGGAGGAUCGGACAUUUCUUUUACCGUGCCUUGAUGUCGCAGAUCCAUUUCUCAGCCUGGUUUGGUAUUAUUCUGGGUGUGUCAUGCUUUGUAUUGGGAUAUUCAUAUUCACUUUUUUAUUUGCAACCACUAAUGAGUGGGUCAAGUUCUACUCAAUUUAAACACGCAAUCCAUGUUUAUAAAAAUCAAAUACAGCAAAACAAUGAACUUGGCUCUUCUUUUUCUGUCUAUUAUCGUGGGGAACAUGUUGUCGAUGCGAUUGGAGGUUAUGUUGAUAAACGAUUUCGACUGCCAUGGGUAACUUCAACUAUUAGUCAACUGUUCACUGUGUCUAUGGUUGUUGUUCCUUUCUCAUUCGCUAAGUUGUACCAAGACGAACUUCUUGAUAUUGAAUCUUCGAUACAACAUUAUCUUCCCCAAUUCGUGGUUGCCAAUGUUACUGUAUCUGAUUUACUCACGCAUCAGUCCGGUUUUCCAUACUUUGUAGGUCAUUCAUCCCUAGCUAAAUGGAGAGAUGACCAUAGGAAUGCUCUAAACGAUAUCACUAACCAGAUACCUCCUGUCCCACCACGAACUCAAGUGUUUCAUCUACACUCAUUGGCCUUAUUGUCUGAUGCAAUCGUGCGCAAAGUAGACCACAAGAAACGGACACUGGCACGUUAUUUCAUGGAAGAAAUCGCAUGGCCUCUUGGUUUAGAUAUGCUUAUUGGAAUUCCACGUACCCAACUAUAUCGUGUUGCACGAACAUAUCACGCCGACGCUUUAAGUGUACUUAGCGCAAUUUUACAUCUGGACGUGGCAUAUCCGUGGACAAAUUUGGUCACUGCUGGUUGGCUUCCGUAUUCAAAAGAGCGAAAUAAGGUGUUGAACGUGUUUAAUGAUUAUGAGCUUUAUUAUAAUUGGAAUCCUGAUCUUUUGGAAAUACCACUGGUUUCAUCACACCUGUUCACAAACGCACGAAAUUUGGCUCGUCUGUUUACUCUUUUGGAAAAUUCAGUAGAUAAAUUAACAAAUGCGACUGUAUCAGACACUGCACAGUUCGUCUUCAAAAAGUCGAUACGAAAUUGGAUGCUACAGGUUGUUAACACAUCUUCUUAUGAUCCAGUUCUUCAUCGAUAUUUGAAACUCAGUUCGGCAGGCUUUAUGGUCACUAAUUCACCAAAGGUACUGUUUAUUUGAUUAGUAAUUCCGGGAAAAUUUACAUUACAUUAUAGUAUAAUGUAGUUUCGAGUACUAAAUAACCAUUCAGAACGAUGGAAGUAAUGGAUUCACUACAUUAGAUAUUCUAAAGAAGGUCAGCAUGGUGCCACCUUCCAGGAAGCAGAAAUGCAGUUUUGACUCAACAGUAAUUUUGCGUGCUUCAAACAAAUUAGAUAUUAGGACAUAUAGUAAAAGAAAGUCAGUUUUAGUUCUCGGUCUCACCACAUCAUUCUGCUGUAAAUGUUUUCAUUUGGAUAAACUAUUCCGGACAAAUAUGUUUACAUCUAAUAAUUUUACUUAAGCCCUUGAAAUGAUUAAAUUCUGAUUGUAUCCCCUUACAAUUCCUGGAUCAGAUGAGGAACGUUCAAUUCAACAACGACGAACUGAUAAUAUCAUUCAAUGUAACAGCCUUAUUCGCCUUAAUUGAACAAAGCUUAGCAGAGGAAACUCUAUCUCUGCUUCUCACCAACGACACAUCUCGCAAAGUACACGAAGCUUCAAAGUCAUCUAUUUAUACCUAACAACAUACUUUCAAUUCAACAACAAAAUCUACGAACAAACAAAAGGAACACUGAUGGGAUCACCAAUGUCAGGACUUAUCUCAGAAGCAGUGAUGCAGAGACUAGAAGCCUCAAUCCUACCAGCGAUCAAGCCAAGAAUUUGAAUUCGUUAUGUGAAUGACGAAUCCGUCAUCGUCAAGAAGGACGAACUGGAAAACACCUACAAUCUGAUCAGCAACGUCGCCGAUGACAUCAAUUCACAAUGAAACAGGCAUUGAACAACAAACUACCAUUCUUGGAUGUAUUAAUCACUAAAACUGACACAGGGAAACUGGAAACUCGAGUAUGUCAGAAGCCAACCCACACGGAUCAAAUUCUCGAUUACAGUAGCAACAACCUAAGAGCUCAGAAAAUCAACUGCACCAAAUAUAUAUGCGCCACACAAAACAAUGAGAAUUUAAAGAGAACGGAAAAAAGGUAAGGAGCGUAAGAAAAUGACCAAUAAUGAACAGAUUAGUGUAAGGUAGUGUAAUAGUAAUAAUAAUGGGGGAAGCGAAAAGGUACAAUCAGAAAAAAUCUUUCAGUUAAGGAAGUUCCAACCACUUCUUACGAAGAAAGUAAAAGAAGGUUACAGCACGAUCGCCACGGGCUUCUAUUCUGAGCCAUAUCUGAUAACGUCUCUGGCCACUGUGCUGCACCAUCUCUCGGACCCCAGCCAGGGAGUCGUUAAGGACCAACACAAGCCAGCCCUUUGCAGCUUUCUUUCAUACCACGACACCAUGUCAUACACUGACCACAUCUCCGCUUCUUCCAACCAGUCCCAGCGUCGCCAAAUAAUGCACUACGUGAAAUUCUCUGGGACGACAUUCGUAGAACAUGUCCAAGCCACCGAAGUCGGUGUUUCAGGAUGGUGACACCAAUUAGAUUAUCGCCUCUGUACCCGAACACACGAUGCCAAACCUCUAAAUUACUAACAUGAUGUUGCCACUGGAUGUCAGCAAUCCUUCGGAGACACCGACGAUCAAACACAGAGUCGUCUAACACCCUCAACUCGAAGAGGCCAGGUUUCACAAGCAUAGAGCAAAACUUCUCUCACCGACGCGUUGUAGGUCCGACCUUCUACAGCCAGACUAACAUCACGAAGGCGCCAAAGAUGGCCCAGAUUGGCAUAAGCCGCUCUGGCUUUCACUAUACGUGUGCUGAUCUCAUCACUCAUGCCACCACCAGCACUUAUGCAGCUACCGAGAUACACGAACUUCUCGACUACGUCUAUCUGCUCACCAUCCAGGGUGAGUACAGGAUUAGAAUCCUGCCAGUCUUAUAGAAGUACUUCGCACCUCGUAGGUGCAAAGCACAUACCAUACCUACGGACACUGAUUGCCAACUGAUUAAGUGCGGAUCGCGUGGGUUGGGCAUUAUCGCACAGUAAGAAAAUAUCAUCCGCAUACUCAAGGUCGAGAAGUCUUUCUCCAGGCAACAGAUCCACACCGCCAUUACUUACAUCCACCAGAGCUGUUUCCAGAAUGUCAUCGAUGGCAAAGUUGAAGAGGAAUGGUGAGAUUGGGCAACCCUGCCUAACCCCACUGCUCGAAUGGAACAAUGGAAUCGGGCAAAGCUUGCGUAAGGACCGAGAAGCCUGGUGGUCGGAGCGUGCUAAUGAGCUGGAAGCAGCAGCUGCAUGUGGUAACUACCGGAAACUCUUUCAACUCAUCCAAGCCACUGGCAGCAAGAAUUCUGGUGUGAGUGAGAUCAUCUGUGAGGAUGACGGGAUGCCAAUCACUAACAUCCAUCGGCGUCUUUUACGACGAGCAGAAUUCUUCGAAGGGCAGUUCAACUGUCCUGCCCUCCAUGGCCGGUGACGACUGAUCCACCAAAUGAGACGGAAGUCCGCAAGAAACUUUAACUCUCGAAGCUCUACAAACCCGAGAAAGAUUGACUCGCGAGGAGCAGGCUGGUUUUCGUUUAGUUCGAGGAUGUAUUGAUCAUAUUUUCACCCUCCGCAAAAUGUUAGAACACCGUCAUACUUAUCAAAGGCCAACAAUCGUAGCGUUACUUGACAUUAGGGCUGCUUUCGAUUCGUUGGACAGGACUGUUCUCUGGGAUUGUCUAUUGAAGAAGGGUGUGCCUGAGAAGUUUAUUGGCAUCCUUAAGGCCUUUACUUCGAGUGAGCCUGUCAACUGUCCACCACGCAUAAUUUUGAAGUUUAAUCCAACAUAGGAAUUCUGUGCGAUAUCGACUAUCACAGCCCUCACACAUAUCAAAUAAGAUUUGUGUGGCGCUUAUGUAUUUGGUUCCUCCUUGUACUAGUCAGUCAGUCAUUAACAACCUAGAACUUCGUACAUACGUACGUACAUCAGUUCGAGUUGCCACACCACAUUAGCACAGAGAUGCUGUUGUCGAUUCAAAUCCCGUAGUGGUAGAGGUAGUAAGAGUAUAAGUAGUAUUCGGAAAGAUUAGGGUUUGAAGAUGUUAUUCAAGGAGUAAAAUACAGCGAAAUAAGUUUGGAAAGAGAGAAAAAAGGGCAUGAAGAAUCCAGAAGAUUAGUAUUUGAGAGAACACAAAGAGUGGAUGCACCUGCGCCAUUGCAAACGAUUUUGAGUCAUGUCAUUCAGGGUCUCUAACCAUCGGUUGCUAUCAUCUCGCGGUCCCCAACCAGGUAGUCUACACCUACCAACAUGGCUCAGUCCACUUGUCAGUGACUUCAUGGAUUUGUGCCACGUUACGGUCUGGCCGCCCCUAGCUUUCUUCCAAUCUACUCCUAUACCAUUGACCAUCGCACGUCGGUAAUUGGGCAUUCGUAACACAUGUCCCAGCCAUCUCAACUGAUGAAGUUUCACUACUUCAUCAAUUGAUUUGCCAUCCUUACCUAAUACCCGUUUCCUAACAUCUGCGUUACUUACUCGAUGGUCCCAGGAUAUACGAGCAAUGCUUCGAAGACACCUGUGAUCGAAUAUUAGUAACGUGCGAAUAUCCUCUACUCUUACCGGCCAUGUUUCACUGCCAUAAAGUAUGACGGAACGAACUACUGCGCAGUAAACACGUCCUUUGUUUAAUAGACAGAUAUCUCACCUACACCAUAAAUGACGCAGGUUGGCAAAAGCUAGUCGAACCUUCUGUAUCUGUGCUGAGAUUUCGUCACAUACCAAACCAAAAGGGCUGAUGAGACUUCCAAGAUAAAUGAAGCGGUCGACACGCUAAACUACGUCACUCCUUAUCAUUAGUUCGGGUGUCGAUGCAACCCAAUCCUGAAGCAACAUUUUGAGUUUUUAGGGUGAGAAUUGCAUCCCGAACAUGCUUUCAUUGUUGCUUAAGGUGGUCAGAAGACUGCAUUUUGUCAGCGUCUUCACCGAAUAGAACUAUGUCAUGGUCAUAUUCUAGGUCAAAAAGUGAAUCUCUCGAUAGAAGUUCAACCCCUGCAAAGUAUUAUCUCUAAAAACACGUCAACGACAAAGUUAAACAAGUAUGGAGAGAGAGUGGAUAGUCCUGAUGAACACCACUUGAGGUAAUCAAUUUUGAUGACAGUUCGCCAUAAGCUCUCACUCGACCAGUUGUGUUCGAGUAGAGAGCCUUUACAGCUCCUUGUACUAAUAUCCAUGUGUUAAAAUAAAUAAUAAAUUAAAUGACUAUCUUAUCAGGUAUGCCGUAGUGUCGAAGAACCUUCCAUAGUGUUGUCUGUUCACGCUAUCAAAUGCUUUCCCAUAGUCAAUGAAGUUGAUGUAGAGUGAUGAAUUUCAUUCAAUUGAUUGUUCCACAAUGAUCCGUAGUGUUGCGAUUUGGUCUGUACACGACCGAUCCUUACGGAAUCCUGCCUGUUGGUCUCGAAGUUGGGCGUCUACGCAGUCCUUCAUUCUGUUUAACAAUACCCCAUUGAAGGCUUUUCCUGGUAUUGAGAGAAGAGUGAUGCCCCUGUAGUUAUCACACUUGCUGAGAUCGCCUUUCUUUGAUAUUUUGAUCAGAUGUCAUUCUUUUCAUACUGUUGGUACUUGUUCCUCAUCCCAAAUCUUGCUGAAGAGAAUGUAGAGUAUCUUUGCAGUUACUGCUACGUAUGCUUUCAGUGCCUCUGCUGGAAUGUUGUCUGGUCCUGCUGCUUUGUCUGACGGCCAUGCUGAUUUCAAUUGUUGGUGGCCAACAUCGAUUGGGAGGUCCGUGGGUGCUGCUUCUAUGUUGAGUGGGUUUAGUGGGGCUGGUCGAUUCAAGAGUUCUUUGAAGAGCUCUACCCACCUGUUUCGUUGUUCUUCAAUGUUGGUGAUUACCUUGCCUUCCUUGCUUUUCACUGGUCGUUCUGCUUUACGGUAAUUUCCAGCGAGUUUCCUUGUUAUGUGAUACAAUUCUCUCAUGUUUCCUUCUCUUGCAGCCCUUUCCGCCGUCGUUGCUAAAUCUUCCACAUAUUUACGUUUGUCAGUUCUGAUGCUCCUCUUCACUUGCUUGUUUACUUCUGUGUAUUCAGCUUGUGUCUUGGCGUUUUCUGCUCUUGUUCGAUUGGUUUUGAUUGCUGCUUUCUUGUUCCUCCUUUCUUGAAUCUUAUCCAGUGUAUCAACAGUGAUCCAUUCCUUGUGAUGGAGCUUCUUUUGGCCCAGAACCUCAUGACAUGUUGAAGUGAUUGCCUCUUUGAUCCUCUUCCAGUUGCUCUCCACAGUAGUUUCUUCUCCAUUGAAAGGCCUGGAAUCUAUUGUUGAGGACUAUCCUGAAUUUGUCGAGUUUGUCAGUAUCUUGAAGAGAAUCCGUAUUGAACUUUGGUGAUGUUGUCCACCUCGUUGUUUGGUACUUCUUGAGUUUCAAUUUCAACUUGGCGACCAACAGGUGAUGAUCUGAUGCUAUAUCAGCUCCUCUCUUGGUUCUCACGUCCUCCAUAGUCCUCCUGAACGUUUUGUUGAUGCAGAUAUGGUGGAUUUGUUUUUUUGUAGUGUGAUCCGGUGAAGUCCAUGUGGUUUUGUGAAUGCGCUUAUGUGGGAAUAUAGUGCCGCCUACGACCGGUUUAUCGAAGGCACAUGGGUUUGCAAAUCUCUCACCAUUUUCGUCCCCUUCUCCUAGUCCAUGUCGUCCCAUGCUGUCUUCAUAUCCGGUGUUGUCCAUUCCAACCUUGGCAUUUCAAUCUCCAAUCAGAAUAGUCGGGCCCUUUGUUGGGCACUUCUCGGCGAUUGACUGCAGCCUAUUGUAGAAUUGAUCUUUAGUGUCUUCAUUGUAGUCGUUGGUAGGUGCAUAGGAUUGGAUGACGUUCAUUGUAAUGCCCUCUUUCUUUGUUUUGAAGGAGGCUUUGAUGAUCCCUGGUCCAUGAGAUUCCCACCCUAGAAGUGUAUUUUGUGCUUGUUUGGACAGCAUCAAUGCAUGUGUAUGUGGGGCAUUUUCUUCAUCGUGGCCGGAGUAUAACAGAAGCUUUCCUAAAGCUAGUCGUUGUUGUCCAACUUGCGUCCAAUGUGUUUCACUGGUCCCAAGCACCUCUAGGUUGUAUCUCCUCAUUUCUGCAGCAAUUUGGAAGACUCUCCCGUUGUACGAGCAUUCCACGUACCUAAAUAAAUGGUUGCUCUGGUUGUCAGAAUGGGCAUCGGCCUCGUGACUUCCGAAGGAACUCGGUUUUCACCAUGAGGCGUCAUAACUCUUCUUAAUUAAGACCUGACUCCCAGGGUAGAUUUUAAAAGGUUCGAAUAAUUUUUUCUACGGGAUAGGGUCGCUAACCCCAUGCCCAACUCUCUUUUAUCCGGGCUCGGGACCGGCAGUAGCCCCUAGAGGGGCUACAGUCGGAGUUAAUCUGUGGUCGUUAUUGUUCUUUUUUUCUUAUACACACCUUACUUAAUUUUUCUCUUUCCAUUGUCAUUGAUUUGUGUGGUGCAUAUAUAUCUGGUGCACCUUGUACCAAUAUUUAUGUGUUCAAAUAAAGUAAAAUAGCCUGAAGACCAAUCAACUUCAUCAAAAAAUACCAGCCUAAUGGCUCAGUGUUGAGAUCUUGGAUAGAAGCAUUCCUAAAAACGCCAGAAAAGUUUUAGAAGCUUGGCACUUAGGUCAAUCAGCAGUCAACGAACACAUUGUAAUCGAUCCAAUUUAUCAACUAGUCAGGAAAAUUAUUGACAAAUACAGGACUAAAGUUCAAACCAAUGGGAGGUACAACCAAAAUAAAGAAGUAAACCAUGACAGAUUUAAUGUCAACAUUAACCAAUCAACACCGAGUUCUACAGGACAAGCUGUGAGCUAUGUGUGCAGAAAUUCGAAAACUUUACUCCUACUUGAAGUUUGUGCUGAUGAUGUUCAGAAGAACGAUUAAAGCUCCAUGACCAAACCAUCCAGCUCAGAGAACAAAAUCCCAUCAAAGUUAUAGAAACUGAUUAAAAAGUUGUUAACAAGCGUUCUUUUGGCAGACUCAUCAUUCAUAAUCGUCAUUUUUUUCGCUAUCAGUAAUUUUACUCUAAAAUAUAUUUCGCUUUCUGCUGUUUGAUAUCGAUUGUCACAAUAGUAUACCAUAUAAUUUACAGUAAUAUUGCCUUUUGUUGAUGUAGUAAGGUAAAUUUCUAGUUAAAAACACUUUCUUUUCGUAUCGAUCGUGGUGUUACUUGUUAGCUGAACUGAUGUUACUUUGUUUCAAAACCUUCGUAGGUGUUCUGUUAUUCUCGUGCCAGUGAUACCGUAAACGCUAAUUCUCUACCUUACUAAGUGCAAAAUUUAAUCAAGAUUACGAGCUUUUGGAAUUUGUACUGCAAAAUUAGAGACGUAGUAGAUAAUUUGAUAAUGUGGUAUAAGAGUUUCAGAACUCACUUUGGUUUGAUACAUACACCUUUAAAAUUAUAUAUAUAGUAAACUACUAAAGUAUAAAUCGUUGCUAAGUUAUAUACACAAGUCAAUUCAGUAUCAUCUUGUAUGGCUAUUUGAUUGUUCCAUAAUCUUAUUUCGUAAAUAUAUUGUCUUCAUUCCCUAUUUUAUACAGAAUACUUUAAUGUUUGGCAUGUGGGAUGAUAUUCUUGGUCAAGGAGUUUUUAUUGACCCUCAGUUACAACUAACAUGGGCGUAUGUGACAAAUCAUGCACAUGCUCGAUCUCUUAACAAGGAUUUUAUUUUAAAUUCUCUGGUUAAUUCUGUUUAUUCUUGCAUCAAGGAAUAGUCUCAGGUCUCUUAGCAUUCAUUGAAAAAAGACUGGUACAAUAAGUCAUCCAAUAUUAUGAGAUACCUUUUAAAGAUAUAAGCCAAAUUAGUGUCUUUGAAAUUCAUUUGAAGAAUCUAUAUAUUUUUUUAAAAUUGAUCACGUUUUAUAUGAUCUAUUGAAGUUAAUUGUUGCAUUUAAACUUGAUAAAUAAAAAAAUACCUUUUUAUUUUUCGCUUAAUGUCUUCUCAAUUCUGCCGAAUAGUAUUAAACUUAUUAUAAUUCCUAUAUGUUGGUAAUAUCCGUGAUAGUUUAAUGUUAAUGUAUUGUCUUUUAUUCAUUCACUAGCUAUUCUCUCAGUUUCAUGAUAAAAUUACACUCGAAGCAAAAACGGUAUUCAUCUAAAUUUGUAGGUUCAGUAAACUUAAUAUUUAUUAUUCACUUCUGUCUAGAUGUGGGAUUGUUGUGCUAAUCAGAUCCAUUCACUCAAAAUGUACUUUACCUGUUAGGACUAAACGAGGGAUAAUAAGAAAUAAUUAUUAUCACUAUUCUAGGAUUAUGAAAGAGAUAGCAAACUGAAUACUGAUGGACAAAAUGAUCGCUGGUAAAUGCUUCGAAGCCCCCAAAUGCCCUAGUGCGGCCGAGAGUAAAGGGGAGGGCCCACCUUACCUCUCGAAAUGCUCACAUGGUCCUACUCACUGCCUUCUCAUGGCGGGGGUGUUGUUUAGGAACUCGAGAGGACGAAAAGCGAAUGUCCGGCGCUUUAACCGGGUUGGUAGACAUGGAGAGUCCACCUAAAGGAGUUGGGAAACCCUGAUUCUAAACCAAUGGUGCACAUGGGCUCCUAUAUCCUGAAGGUACAAGCGGCGUAUGAAUCAACUGUUGGUCACCGGCUACCAUGGGAGUGCAUCUUCUCACGAUGUCCCACUGCUUUGUGGAUCAGACCUUUAGAUCGAAGGCUCCGAGUGUGGCCCCUUAGGGAAACCACCUGCUUCGGUUUGGGCAGUAUCACAGCCCCCACACAGAUCAAAUGGGAUUUGUGUGGCGCAUAUCUAUUCGGUGCAUCCUUGUACCAAUGUUUAUGUGUUUAAAUAAACAAGUAAAAUAAAACAGUUACCAAUCUUGUUUUUCCCUGCUAAGCUUCUUUCAAAGACUGUUACGUGGGACUAUUUCCCAUAAACUUUAACUAAAAUUUCUGGUAUCUUAAUUCUUACUUCUAAGCUUCGCUCAGCUAGUCCAUCGCCAUCCUCUCCUAGAAUAUUCAUAUAUCUAACUUCUAAAUGAGCGAAUGCUCGAACAGUGUCAGUUCUUUUCUAAUAUCUCUUAAAAUUAUUCUAUCUCCACAUAUUAACUCAAUUUAUUAUAGAUAUUUCCAGUGUAAAUUAUGUAAACUUGUUUCGUUUUAAUGAUUAAUACCAUGGUUUUAGUCAGUCAGCUACAACGUAGGACCAGGCACAUAUGUGCAUCGGUCCAGGUUGCCAUACCUCAUUAGCACAGCAAGAUGAACAGCGGAUUCAUAGGAGUGGUUAGGUCAAAGGUGGUAAUAUAUAGGAGAAAGAUUGCAAUAAGGAUAUAGUAUAGGAAGAAAGAAUUAGUUCGUAGAAAGAAAGAUAUGAAGUGAUUUUAAUCUUUUAGUUUAAGAGAAGACGGAGUGUAUACACCGACGCCAUUGUGAUCGAUUCUGAGCCAUGUCACCAAGAGUCUCCAACCAUUGGUUACGAUAGUCACGCAGACCCCAACCAAGUAGUCUGCA